ACAAAGUGACCUUGAGUGGGUUCUCCUCCCUCCAUCCGGGUUCGCUUUAUAAAGAGCGUAACGCGCUUGCGUGGUGUUCUCCGUUCAGUUCGACCUCUGGUGCCGAGGGGCUGAGCCGUGACCUGACUCCCAGCUGAAGGACACACACACACAACUCCCUACAUCAUGUAUGCCUGUGCGAAGUUCGUCUCUACCCCUUCUCUGAUCCGUGCUGGGUCCAGGGCCCUGUGCAGACCAAUCUCUGCAUCAGUUCUGUCUCGGCCAGAGGUCCGAACUGGAGAGGGAAACACACUCCUCAGUGGGACACAAAACCCAUGCACCCAGCUGGUACUAAGGGGAUUUCAGACCAGUGCAGUCAGCAGGGACAUUGAUACUGCUGCUAAGUUCAUUGGUGCUGGUGCUGCCACAGUCGGUGUGGCUGGCUCUGGUGCUGGUAUUGGAACAGUCUUUGGCAGUCUCAUUAUUGGUUAUGCCAGGUAA